UUUUUUUUUUUCAAUUGGCCAAAACAUUUUCCCUCUUUUUUUUUUUUCUAAUUCGCCAAAGCAUUUUCCCUCUUUUUAUUUAGUUGCCAAAACAUUUUCCUUCUCGGCCAAAACAGCUUUACCAUCAAUUGAGAGCUCACAUUUUCCCUAGAUCGACCUUCUCAUUUUCCCCCAAAUCGAUUGAGAGGUCUGUCGGCCAUUGGUACUACGACCGACCUCGUUCUUUCAUUUCCCCCAAAUCGAUUGGUAAGUUGAAAACCUUAAUUGUUUGGAACCACAGGUCAUAUCAUAGGUAAGUAGAAACAGGUCGGCCGGCCAUUGCUCAUUGAAGACUUGAUUGGGGUGUACCGGUAUCGCAGUUUAAAGAGAAUCGAGGUCACAGAUUUCAGAUUCAGUCUGUUGAAAAAUUGCCCGAAAAUCCAAGUGUUAUCUUUUGAUUGCUGUGACCGUGUUUCUGAACAAGUGAUAAAGUUUCUCGAAUUUGACAUAUUUGAGUUUUAGAAAAUGUGUUUUGGUUACUGCUGAAGCGAUGCAAGCUUUAUUCAGCUUAGGUAAAUUGGUUCAGUUGGAUUUCGAGAGGUGUCCACGGAUACAUGGAGGAUUUGUUCAUCUUCAAGUUUCAGGUUUGUCCAAGCUCGAAUCACUCAGUAUCAGAUGUUGUCAAUGCAUUAUGGAUUCAGACAUGGAGCCUCUGCCAGGGAUUGCGAGUUUAAAGGAACUUCAGGUUGUGUGCAUCUAUAUUACAGAUUAUGGAGUGUCUUAUUUGGGAGGUUUGAACAAACUUGUUGUACUAAAUAUGGAAGGAUCACAUGUUACUACGUCAUGUUUGGAUACUAUCUCAGAGCUUCCUUCGCAGCAAUCAUUGAAUCUCAAUAGAUAUUUUCUGAGAGAUGAUGGAUGUGAAAAGUUUUCGGCGCUCAGCGAUUUGAAUGUGUUGAAUUUGGGAUUUAACCACAUUACAGAUGAAUGUUUGGGCCAUUUGAAAGGUCUAACAAAAUUGGAAGGUCUGAACUUGGAUUCUUGUAAGAUUACGG